AUGCUCGGCAACGAGCUAUCCAAAGGCGACCAAUGCAGCAAAACCGAGCUGGACAUAAUGCUAGCCACAGUAUACGCGCUCACAUUCCAAGCCCACUAUAUGGCCGACGGGCUAGUCGACUUCGCCAUCAUGGUCCGAGGCUGCAGCAUCAUAACCCGGCGGAUCCUGAACAGACACAAAGGAAGCGACAUGUUUAAGUUGCUCACGUCAGAUGCCAUCCUUACUAACACUCUACCGCGCAUUCCUCCCACGCCAUACACCGACACUGAGAAUCUCAAUACAUCAAUCGAAACCAUACAAAGCAUCGAGCCAUUGUUGGCGUGUGAAAGCCACCACAAUGCCUACACAGCGCUGUUCAACACGUACAACGCAUUGAAGCGCUCGGCGCGCGAUGGCUUCGUCGCUUUUACGGAUUUCUAUGAUGACUGGGGGCGAAUGAGUAACCAGGAGUUUAUGGAAUUCCUCGAUCCCGGGAAUUAUGUCGCGCGUCUUCUGUUUGUGCAUUUUGUGGUCGCUUCCAUUAUGCUGCGGCCGGUGUUGCGGGCUCUGAAGGAACCAAGGCUGUUGGCGUUUCCGAAGGAGGAACUGCCGCUACUGCAGAGGGGUCUUGAUAUCUAUGAGUGCUUGCCUUCUGAGGUCCGUGGGUUGGUGGAGUGGCAGUAUCGCUAUAUCACCUUGGAUAAAGCUUUGCUUGAAAGUUCGAGCUCGAGGUCUGAGGAGGAAACAUCUGAAUUAAGUACGGUAUAG